AUGGCGUUAUCAAACACAAUACGAACACACGUCUUUGGUUUUGGCGUUUUGCGUGAAAAUGAUUGUUCUUUUUGGCCUUUAGAGCUCAUCAUUAAAAUCAUGUCACUCGUCCAGUACCUUGUCAUUUAUAAUUUCUGGAGUUACAAAACAUGGCUAGUGCGGCAAUCAGUCGAAUCAAAAUUUGCUUUGCAUGUUAUUGGAAUUGCAGGGAGGAUAUGCUUAUGGUGCCCUAUACUUGGUAAACAUUUGGCUUCUUCUUUGGACACGUCGGUAGCCUGUAUAAAAUGCAAGGUUGUACCGCGUAUGAAUGAUUUCGAGCAAUUCUUGGAGACAUUAUUUCAACUGCUUCUGGUGGAGCUCACGUUCAAAGGCAACAACAUCAGGAUUAUACGCACGGGUGAACCAUUCGAAUUUGAUCAUACUGAUACAACGCUCAUGAUGGCGAACCACCGGUCCAUCAUGGAUUACACACUACUCAAUUUUUUGGCACAGGACCAUAUCCUUGCAGGUAAACAGGAAUUGUCAUGGAGUUGCUUCUAUCAGUUGCUAAAUUUUCCAUUAACAAUACCUUUUAAAUUCAUUUCAUGGGGAUCCAUAUCGAAUAUGCCCUCUGUCAGGUUUUUAUCCAGGAUUGUAUUGAGGGACGAGAAUGCUGCAGUUUCAAGCAACGAUAUCAUGAACAUUUUACAAAAGCGCGGAAACCACACUCUUGCUCUUUUCCCCGAGGUUAAUGUAAUGACCCCGGAAUUACGUCUAGUUCAAAGAAAGCUUACAAAAGAAAGUUAUAUGCCUGUCCUCAACAAUGUGCUAUACCCCAGAUUUAAGAACUUUACUUCUUCUAUUAGGUGUUUUGCAAGACUUCAGCAUGUGGAGAAAUUACACAGAGACCGUUAUCUUCGUAAGGCCUUCAUUAGAGCUAAUGGUAUGGUUAGUAAAUUGAGACACUCGAGAACAAAAGUUGGCGCUACUGAAUUGGCUCAAAUAAGUUUGUUUUUAGGUGCAGAUGAGAUCGCUGGAGAUAGCAUUCAAGUGAACUCGACGCCCAGAGCUCUUAGAAAUAUCAAUAAGUUGAAUCCCUUUCUGUGGGAUUUCACAAUACUUUACUAUCGAGCCAAGUGCUCAUCGGGAAAAGAGCAUGCGCAUGUUCACAAACUGGAACUGUACCGACUGGAUGACGGUGAGAGUCAUUAUCAACUUGAACAAAUUACACCUUCAUUUUUGCAGCUUUUGAGCCACAAAUUUCUAAAGUCCCCAAUAAUUGUAAGAAUUCAUGUUAAAAAGCAUCCGCUUGCUAACCUGACUCGGCUUAGCGAGAGGAAAUUGGAAUCGUGGCUCGAGAAUGCUUGGAUAGAAAAGGACAGCCUGAUAGAUUCCAUGCAGAAAAAUGUGAAGAUAAAUUAA